AUGAGUUGUGGUAUUGGAAACUUUAAUUACGCGAAUCCUACUCGUAUUUUGUUUGGUAGAGGUCAGAUUGCUCAGCUUCCGAACCUUAUCGACAAAGAUCGACUUGUGUUCAUGACCUAUGGAGGUGGUAGCAUAAAGAGAAACGGAGUCUAUGACCAAGUGAUGAAGGCGCUCGAAGGCUACGAAAUCAUCGAAUUUGGUGGAAUCGAAGCCAAUCCCGAUUUUGAUACUCUGGUGAAGGCGGUAGAUCAGAUUCGUAAGCUUGAUAUGUCCCGUGUCUUUUUGUUGGCAGUUGGCGGAGGUUCUGUCGCUGAUGGCACCAAGUUUAUUGCUGCUGCAUGCCAGUAUACCAAAUCAGAAGACCUUUGGGAACUGGUUCUUUCCGCAGGUGCUGGAGUGGAGGUUGCUAUUCCUAUGGGUUGUGUGAUGACUCUUCCCGCAACAGGUUCCGAAAGCAACUGGGGUGCUGUCAUUUCAAGAAGAGCUCUUAACUGCAAAUACUCAAUUUACAGUCCUCUCCUUUUCCCUCAGUGGUCGAUUCUGGAUCCUGACACCACCAUGUCGCUUCCUCUGCGCCAGACGAUCAACGGAGUCAUCGACUCGAUCGUCCAUGUCUGCGAGCAAUACCUCACCACCUGCACACACGCCGAUGUCCAGGACCGCUACGCAGAAGCGCUUCUUCUCGUGUUAAUGGAGAACGGUCGCAAAGUGAUCGCCUCGCCUUCUGACUACGCUGCGCGCGCCAACAUCAUGUGGGCCUCCACGCAGGCAUUGAACCGAUGGAUCUGCCAGGGCGUGCAGGACGACUGGGCGACGCACAAGAUUGGCCACGAGCUGACGGCGUUCCUCGGGAUGGACCACGCGCGGACGCUGGCGUGCAUCCAGCCGCGCGUUUUGGAGUUCCAAUUCGAGGCGAAGAAGGGAAAAUUGGCGCAGAUGGGACGCAGAGUGUUCGGAAUCCAGGAGGGGACGGAGGAGGAGAUUGCCAGGAAGGCGAUCGAGGCGUUGGUGCGGUUCUAUGAGGAGGAUAUGGGAAUGAAGACGCAUAUCCGCGAGUUCGACCAGAGAGAGGACAGAUCGUGGAUUGAUCGCGUGGUGGAGAAGUAG